AUGCUUGGAAUUGCUGAAAGCUCCGAGGAAAGCAACCACGGUGGCGGUGCUGCUGGUGGUGAUAAUGAGAAAGAGACGGUUAAAGUUGAAGUUGUUCAAGUUCAGGACUCUGCUAAGAAGAACAAUAACGAAGGUGGUAGCACUAGUAAGAAGGUGGACGGUGGUAAUAUGGUCAAACCCAAUGAAGGUGGCGGUGCACCGGCUAAAGCUGGCGGUGGUGGUGGCAACGGGGGUAAUAAGAAGAAAAACAAGGGGAAAAAAGUGAAUGCCAAUGCUGAUGAGGAUGAAGGUGAACAAUGUGAUGAUGCUCCUCCACCAAGCAGUGAGUCACCAAUUCAGGGUAAUGUGCUUCAUGGGGCACAGAGGCCUCAUAACCAACAUGUUCAGCUGCAUGUGCCUAAUGUGCCUUAUGGGCCUCAUGCUCCUCGUGGCCCACAGGGUUUUCUUGGCCCACGCCCUCCAUAUGGUCCUCAUGGCCCAAGCUCUGUUCAAGUUCCAGCCAAUCACAACCCCCCACCGCGGUCGAAAGGGAGAUGCCACUUCCAUCCAAUCCCUAAAUACGGAUUGCCGGGCAGUUACUGA